AUGAUUAAUAUUUGUUCUCCAACUUUAAUACUAGCCCAGAUUCUCACAGUGCAUGCAAUCACAGCUGCAUGUGCCGCUACACCAUACCGCAAGUUUGGACUUGUGGCCUUUGAUACCGGAACCCCAAUCCAUUUUACAUCACCCAUUAUCCGCUACUCGACGGGUCUUGUUGUCUUACCAGGGACAUUAGGGGCCAGCCCUAGUGACUAUUUUUCGGGUAUGUUUCUCGGCAAAGCUACAGACAUAUCCACGAGCACAGGCAUUGUUCAAGUUUAUGAAAACUCCGCAUAUAGAUUGGCAGUAGGCUCCGAUGGAUUGCUAAGGGUAGUACAAGUUGCAGGAGGAGGAGAAGGAACAUUAGAUGGGGAUGCAGUGAGUGGAGGAGAUCCAGCAGCAGGAGGGGCUGGAACAUUUGCGGUUGCAGAUCGGGGUAACUAUUUUCUUGCGGAGGGCGAAAGCCAGUUUACAGCGGUUAAAGAUGCGGCGUCUGGAGACUAUUUAUUAUAUGUUGGAUCACAUUCAACGACGGGAGAUGAGUCUUAUUAUGAUAUUUCAUUGAUUGUUCGGUAUGCGGAUGUUGAGCAGGCCGUUACUACGUUGACAUUGAGUCAGGUUGUUGCGACUUCCAGUUCGGUUGGGUUUUGGAAUUCCACCAAACCGUCAGUUUCUUCUUCUUCUUCUUCUUCUUCUUCUUCUUCUUUCUUCUCCCACACAGCCACGGCAAGCACAGACAGUGCGGCUGAGACGGCCAGUGGGCUUAGUAGUAGGAAUAACAAUAGUCUGACAACGGCAGCAACAAUAACACAGCAAAUAUCUUCAGAAGCGGUAGAAACAUUGUCAACGACUAUAACGUCGUCGGCUGAUAGUAAUGGUGGCAAUGGGGCGACGAGUACCGGGGCGGAGACUACGCAACAGGGCUUUGCGGCGGGCCGCGGGUCAUGUGCGGCGUUGGCUGUGGCAGUUGGAUUCGGCGCGUUAUUACUGUGA